GAAUUGGCAUCAUAAAUACGACGAAAAGCAUUCUAAAAAGAUCUCGUUAUUUGUCCGUGAAGAAUUAGUGUUCGGCCAAUGAUGUUAUUGCUUUGAUCGACGCUAUGCAUUAAUUUGCUGAUUUCGCACAAAGAUUACAAUGGUUUAAACAGAGUUUACGAUUUUUCUCCGGGUAAUUUGAACAAACACAUGGUUUGAACAUUGCCAUUGGAAUUUUGAUAAUUUAUGUAAUAAUAAUAAUAAUUAAUUGUUAUAAUAAGUGACUUGAGAUUAUGGAUUUUACAAGCGCUCCGAAUCUAAAUGCCGAAAUCUACAGAAAUUUAACACCGGCCGAUCGUCCACCGUUUUCUAACAAACAUUUACAAUUUAUAUUAGUAUAUAAUGAAAAUAGCGCUAUUCUUGGUGCUAGCAAUAUGACAGAUCGUUUUUGGGCUGGUACUGUGUGGUAUUAUAAUGAUAUUUCAGACUUUAGUAGAUGCAAGGCUUUUCUAACGACUAGAACCAUAAGUGGUAUAUCUACCGGAGCAUAUCUAGAAAAAGAUAAAUUUGUAAUUGGCGAAGAUAGCGGUUUGCUACAAAUUCUAGGCCUAGUUGAAAUACCGGAUUUGGAUCAACAAGAAUUACAAUCUUUAGGAUAUGCUUGUCAACACGACGAUACUCUUACAACAGUAUCAGUAUUUUCUGAUAACGCACAUUUAGUGACCGGUGGAAUGGAUUGUUGUAUAAAGGUAUGGGAUAUAUCUAAUCUAAUGUCUAUAGAUUCAUUCCAUUCUAGUCAUAUAGAUGUUGUAACUGGAAUUGAUGUACAACAAGGAAGUAAUUCUGUAUUUGUAUCUUCGUCAUUAGAUAACUGUGCAUUGAUAUGGGAUACAAGAAAAUCAAAACCUGCACAAUGUAUUUUGGAAAAAGAUGGCUGUGGUUUGACUUCAGUAUCCUGCAAUCCUGUUUCUAAUAACAUUGUAGCGAUAGGUGCAAACGAUGGAAGCGUUACAUUAAUAGAUAUUAGAAAGACAGAUGAUGUAUUAUUUGAGUCAUUAGUAUUUUCCAGAUCAAUACAUAAGCUUUUAUUUAAUCCAAAUCCAGAAAGGUCAAGACAGAUAGCUUGUUGCUGUGAUGAUAUUGUAGUUAAAGUUCUUGAUACAAAUGAAGAUUGUACUGUUAUUUAUAAAGAUAAUAGACAUACAGAUUUUGUACGAGGACUCACGUGGUACAAUGAUGAACUGUUGUCAUGUUCCUGGGAUGAUAAGAUUUUAAAACAUACAAUCUAAUCUUGUAUGAUCCAACAUUAUACUUAUCAUUUUUAUAUUAAGAUUAACUGUGAUCAUUUUAAUAAAAUAGAAAUAUUAAUGUUUCUCUAUACAUUUUAA